ACUCGGAGCCCCACACCGCCGGAAGCGGAAAUAGCACCCGGCGCCGUCAGAAUAGCCGUAACUGCCACCGCGAUGCCGAAGGGUCCCAAGCAGCAGCCGCCGGAGCCCGAGUGGAUCGGGGACGGAGAGAGCACGAGCCCCGCAGACAAAGUGGUGAAGAAAGUGAAGAAGGACAAAAAGACCAAAAAGACGUUCUUUGAAGAGCUGGCAGUAGAAGAUAAGCAGGCUGGGGAAGAAGAAAAGUUGCCCAAGGAGAAGGAGCAGCAGCAGCAGCAGCAGCAGCAGAAAAAGAAACGAGACGCCCGAAAAGGCCGGCGGAAGAAGGAUGUGGAUGACGAUGGAGAAGAGAAAGAGCUCCUGGAGCGUCUUAAGAAGCUCUCGGUGCCGGCCAGUGACGAGGAGGAUGAGGUGCCUGCCCCAGUACCCCGAGGAGGGAAGAAAACCAAGGGUGGUAAUGUUUUUGCAGCCCUGAUUCAGGACCAGAGUGAGGAAGAGGAGGAGGAAGAAAAACACCCUCCUAAGCCUGCCAAGCCAGAGAAGAAUCGGAUCAAUAAGGCUGUAUCUGAAGAACAACAGCCAGGCCUCAAGGGCAAAAAGGAAAAGGAAGAGAAGUCAAAGGGGAAGGCCGAGCCUCAAAAUAAAUUUGCCGCUCUGGACAAUGAAGAGCAAGAGGAAGAAGAAGAAAUGACACAAGAAAAGGAGGCACCCAAGCAAGGGAAGGAGAAGGCCAGGAAGGCAGAGCAGGGUUCAGAGGAAGAAGGAGAAGAGGAGCAAGAAGCAGGGGAGUCUAAGGCCAAUGAUCCUUAUGCUCACCUUAGCAAAAAGGAGAAGAAAAAGCUGAAGAAACAGAUGGAGUAUGAGCGCCAGGUGGCUUCAUUAAAAGCAGCCAGUGCUGCCGAGAAUGACUUCUCCGUGUCACAAGCGGAGGUGUCCUCCCGCCAGGCCAUGUUAGAAAAUGCCUCUGACAUCAAGCUAGAGAAGUUCAGCAUCUCUGCUCACGGCAAGGAGUUAUUUGUCAACGCGGACCUGUAUAUAGUGGCCGGCCGCCGCUAUGGGCUAGUGGGACCCAACGGCAAGGGCAAGACCACGCUCCUCAAGCACAUUGCCAACCGGGCGCUGAGCAUCCCCCCGAACAUCGACGUGCUGCUGUGUGAGCAGGAGGUGGUAGCAGAUGAAACGCCAGCAGUGCAGGCUGUUCUUCGAGCCGACACCAAGCGAGUAAAGCUGCUGGAAGAGGAGCGACAACUCCAAGGACAGCUGGAGCAGGGGGAUGACACAGCCGCCGAGAGGCUAGAGAAGGUGUAUGAGGAAUUGCGGGCAAUCGGGGCGGCCGCUGCAGAGGCCAAAGCCCGGCGGAUCUUGGCUGGUCUGGGCUUCGACCCUGAGAUGCAGAACCGGCCCACACAGAAGUUCUCGGGGGGCUGGCGCAUGCGUGUGUCCCUGGCCAGAGCGCUGUUCAUGGAGCCCACACUGCUGAUGUUAGAUGAGCCCACUAACCACCUGGACCUCAAUGCUGUCAUCUGGCUCAAUAACUAUCUCCAGGGCUGGCGGAAGACGUUGCUCAUCGUGUCCCAUGACCAGGGCUUCCUGGACGACGUCUGCACCGAUAUCAUCCAUCUCGAUGCCCAGCGGCUCCAUUACUAUAGGGGCAAUUACAUGACCUUCAAGAAGAUGUACCAGCAGAAGCAGAAAGAACUGCUAAAGCAGUAUGAGAAGCAGGAGAAAAAGCUGAAGGAGCUGAAGGCGGGUGGCAAGUCCACCAAGCAGGCGGAAAAGCAAACAAAGGAAGCCCUGACUCGGAAGCAGCAGAAGUGCCGCCGGAAGAACCAGGAUGAGGAGUCCCAGGAGGCCCCUGAGCUGCUGAAGCGGCCCCGGGAGUACACUGUGCGUUUCACGUUCCCCAACCCGCCGCCGCUCAGCCCGCCUGUGCUGGGCCUGCACGGUGUGACGUUCGGCUAUGAGGGGCAGAAACCACUCUUUAAGAAUCUGGAUUUUGGCAUCGACAUGGACUCAAGAAUCUGUAUCGUGGGCCCUAAUGGCGUGGGGAAAAGCACCCUGCUCCUGCUGCUGACAGGCAAGCUGACGCCGACUCGUGGGGAAAUGAGAAAGAACCACCGGCUGAAAAUCGGCUUCUUCAACCAGCAGUACGCAGAGCAGCUGCGCAUGGAGGAGACGCCCACCGAGUACCUGCAGCAGGCCUUCAACCUGCCCUACCAGGAUGCCCGGAAGUGCCUGGGCCGCUUCGGCCUGGAGAGCCAUGCGCACACCAUCCAGAUCUGCAAGCUCUCCGGUGGGCAGAAAGCCCGAGUUGUGUUUGCAGAGCUGGCCUGUCGGGAGCCCGAUGUCCUCAUCUUGGACGAGCCCACCAAUAACUUGGACAUCGAGUCGAUCGAUGCCCUGGGGGAGGCCAUCAACGAGUACAAGGGCGCUGUGAUCGUCGUCAGCCAUGAUGCCCGGCUCAUCACAGAAACCAGUUGCCAGCUGUGGGUGGUGGAGGAGCAGAGUGUGAGCCAAAUCGACGGAGACUUCGAGGACUACAAGCGGGAGGUGUUGGAGGCCCUGGGGGAAGUUGUGGUCAGCCGCCCCCGAGAGUGAUCUUCCCUCCC